AUGGCCUCUAAACCUGCUCGCAUUGAUUCCUGGUCUUUGUUUUACACAAUCACAACGGGCAGGAUGGUGUUCACGUGCGACAGUUCUCGCGUCAGCAACACGCGCGCGCGCCCGCGAAGGCCGCGGCCCCGCCCCGGCCGCCUAACGCCUGGGUUAACCCCUUCCUACACAGAACCGCAGGAUAUUCGCCCUAAGAGGCCUCCACUCUGUUCCGAGACCACAGAAUUCCUUAGAAUCUCAAGUCUCUCUCCCCAGCUGAGUUCGCCAGGGGCACAUGAUGCAACCCACCGCGGUUUCAGCCGUCUGAUUGGUAGCCGCGCCCGGCGCCAGGCACAGGGAUUGGACAGAGGAGGCUGUGACGAAACCUGGACCCUGCCUAGUAAAGAAGGGAGGAGAGAAAGAAGAGAGAAGGGGGGGCCCCCGGGAGGGAGGGGGCUGGGGGGGCGGGGUCCCAGCUCUGUGCUCGCGCCCCCAGCGCGCCAGUCCCGGGGCUGCAGGGAGCGCAGCGCGCGCGGCCCGGGCCCCGGCCACCGGACGCCCUACCGGACACGACCCUCCCUGGAGCUUGGACAACUGCCCACCUCGGACGCUGCACCGGACACUGCCCCCCACAGGGCUGGACACUCCAACGGACACUACUUCCCAGCUCCGGACAUUGCUCCCUCCUCUCCCGGGGCCCUGGACGCUUUUCCCCCUCCCCCCUCCGGGGGCCCAGACACUGAGCCCCCCUCAGCGUCUGGCUAG